AUGCCUCAUAUUAUCAACGACAUAUUGAUGCCCGUGCUAUUAGUGUUGAGCGUCGGAAAUUUCAUCGCGGACUGCUUCGAUGCUUCAUUGGUCCGAAUCGUUGGCCCACGAAUUGUACCAGAGCACGGGGAACUGACGUUGAAAUGUGAAGUAGCACCUGGCGUUCGAAACAUAAGCAUAUCGUGGCACUUCUCGGAAAACAAUAAUUCAUUGAAUGCAAACGUGCUCGAUACAACAGUCAAGGGGAAAAGCGUACUGCAAAUCCAGCACAUGCUGAGACAGGAGACUCACACGUUUAACUGUUGUUUGGGAAGUUUUAAAUUCAUCUGUGCCACACACAGCGUGAUCGUGCUGUACACAACAUUAGAUCGACAGAUAAUGCGGCUCGACGAUUCAAGCGGUGCACUUAUUCUAACUCAAGCCACAGAAAGCGUUCCAUCGCAUUUCGACUUUGACAUCUGUUUGGCAGUUGGUAGGCAGUUGGAAAAUGUAGAAAUCGACUCCUCCUCCGGAACAUUCGAUUCCGAUCAUUUUUGUAGCAACUCUACUAGCGAGAAGAAUGGUGACAGUCGACGGUGCUUGCAUAUUUCUUACAGCGUGAAACAUAAUGCGCAAACCGACAAUCGAUUGCUUGCGAUCAACUUUACUCACGGCGUGUCUGUAACAACAUACUACUUGUAUGUGUUAUUAAAUGGUAAACCUAGACCGAUGAUGAACGAUAUCAUAAUCCAACCACGUACGGUAAUGAUCGAAUUAUCAUGCUGGGGCACAGCAAUUCCAGCGCCCAAAGUGACCAUUUCCUUCACGCCAUGUCCAUCGCUUGACUGGAGCAAAUGCAACAGUUCAACAGCAACUCUAGACGAGAUAAUCACAUACAGCAGUAUCCCCACAAUCACUUUCAACGCAAGUGUCCGAGUAGUGGGUUCACACCUACCCCCUGGAAUAGUGCACUGUAAAGCUGCGAACUCCGAAGGCACAUCCUACACGCGCUCUAGACUGUUUCGACGCAAUCAGCGAGAAGUCAUAAUGUUGCAACAGUUACAUCCAAACACCGUGCUCUACGCGGGAGAUUCAAUCACUGUCCGUUGCUCCGUCGAUUGUUACAAUUUCACUAACCGCUUCACAUUCUACGCCCAAAACCAGCGACAUCAAGUGCUGGGCCAACGAGACACCUACAGCUGGGUGGCAGAAUUCACGGUGACUGAUCUUGCCAUAUCCGACAACCAAAUCGAGUGCCAAUCGCAGCAUCAGAAUGGAUCGUUGGUAACAAAACGUUUAACUUUCACAAUCGUACAGCCGUAUAUUAGCGCUCAGGACAGGUUGCGGUAUUUAAUGAUUGAACACAACACACCACUACUUCUGAGCUGUAAUGUGAUCGGCAAGCCUAUGCCCGAGUAUCGAUGGUUUAAACAUGACGUUCAACUUCCGAAUACCAACUUCAUGAUGGUCAUGACCCCGUCCGAGGGUGAUCAGUUCGAUUGUUACGCAAAAAACAGAGCUGGAGAGGUCAGACUAACCUGGGUAAUAGCAAAUUCCAAUGAAACCAGUGUCGAUUUUGGGCAAUUGACACUGGUUAUUACAUUGUUGUUCGUAUUUACAAUCGGCGUUGUUUGCUGUUAUUUUAAAGCUAGACAGCUGUGUACACUGCUUCGAUCCUAUAGAGCAGGGGUCUCCAAACUACGGCCCUCGAGAGUCUCCAGUGUGGCCCGCGAGAGUCUCCAGUGUGGCCCGCGAGAGUCUCCAGUGAGCUAUUGCUAA